GAAGAGGGGCAGAGCCGGAGAGGGCAGAGGGGACUCCCCGAGGGGGGUUGGCACCUGCUGCGGGCUCAAACUUGCAUCUGCGAGGAGGAGGUGGUGGCUGCGAGGGGCAGGAGCCGAGGCCACCCGGGGACCCUCCAUCCCUCCAUAGCAACGGUCGGGAUUGCUGCUGCAGGAGGUGACCAUGGCGGGGCUGCACGAGCUGCGAUUCACUGAAGAGAAACCCCUACUCCGCGGCCAGGACACAGAGUUGGAGAACUCUGACACCUUCCUCUCAGCUGUGGACACCGACUGGAAGGAGCAUGACAUCGAGACCCCCUAUGGGCUUCUCCACGUGGUGAUCCGGGGCUCCCCGAAGGGGAACCGCCCUGCCAUCCUCACCUACCAUGAUGUGGGACUCAACCAUAAGCUGUGCUUCAACACCUUCUUCAACUUGGAGGACAUGCAGGAGAUCACCAAGCACUUUGUGGUGUGCCACGUGGACGCACCAGGGCAGCAAGUCGGGGCCUCACAGUUUCCCCAGGGGUACCAGUUUCCCUCCAUGGAGCAGUUGGCCGCCAUGCUGCCCAGCGUGAUACAGCACUUCGGGUUCAAGUACGUGAUCGGCAUCGGGGUCGGAGCCGGAGCCUACGUCCUGGCCAAGUUUGCGUUGAUCUUCCCUGACCUAGUGGAGGGGCUGGUCCUGAUGAACAUUGACCCCAAUGGCAAGGGCUGGAUCGACUGGGCUGCCACAAAGCUCUCUGGCUUGACCAGCACCUUACCUGACACCGUCUUGUCUCACCUGUUCAGCCAGGAGGAGCUGGUGAACAACACGGAGUUGGUGCAGAGCUACCGGCAGCAGAUUGGCAACGUGGUGAAUCAGUUCAACCUGCAGCUCUUCUGGAACAUGUACAACAGCCGCAGAGAUCUGGACAUAAACAGACCUGGAACCGUCCCUAAUGCCAAGACUCUUCGUUGUCCCGUGAUGCUGGUGGUGGGAGACAACGCUCCUGCAGAGGACGGGGUGGUUGAGUGUAACUCCAAACUGGAUCCAACCAACACCACCUUCUUAAAGAUGGCUGACUCCGGUGGACUCCCACAGGUCACACAGCCUGGGAAACUGACAGAAGCCUUUAAAUAUUUUCUGCAAGGCAUGGGCUACAUUGCGUACCUGAAGGACCGAAGGCUGAGUGGCAGCGCAGUGCCCUCCGCCAGCAUGACCCGCCUGGCCCGUUCCCGCACCGCCUCCCUCACCAGCGCCAGCUCGGCGGAAGGCAGCCGCCCCCGGGCUUGCACCCACUCGGAGAGCAGCGAGGCCAUGGGGCAGAUCAACCACACUAUGGAGGUGUCCUGCUGAGGCCCCUCCCCGGCCCCCGCAGGCCUCCCCCUGCCUCGUCCCGCAUCGAGUCGCCAUCCAACCGCCAUUCCGGGCUCACGCCCACAGUUCCUUUGUGUUGGGGAGGGGAGCGGGGGGGAUUAGUUCUCUUUUGUUUAAAAAAAAAAAAGAAAUGUAAAAUAUCCUAAAAAGGAGGGGAACCACCUUAAACGCCAAGCCAAACAAUCUCCAGAGCCCUUUUUGAGGUCGCCGGGGGAGACAGGGAACUGAGAUGGAGUCCUCCCCUGUGGCGCUUUGGCCAGCUGGGGCUCCGGGGAAGGGAGUCUUGGGCGAGUCGGUGCUGCCCUUCCUCCAGCGGCCUUGUGCCUGUGGCUCCUCAGCCUCUCUCCAGGGACAAGGCCCCGGGACUGUAGGAAGUCAACCACAGUAUUUGAAGGCGAUUUCCCGGCCCCCCUUGGUUAUUUUCUCAGUUCUGGGCCGAGGGAAACGGGGAGGGGGAAGCCCUGAAGUUGAGCUACGUAGGAGGCCCCCGUUCCGUGUGGCAAGCUCGUUGACAAGUGCCCCGAUAUCCAUUCUCUGAGCACUGGGGCUUUUCCCAGGCCUCGAUCGGUUCUCAAAGCUAAACCUCUCUCCCCGAGGCUCGAGAACCCGGAGCGCGGAGUAAAGAUUUGGGGCUGACGGCUCGCUUUUCCCAAGGAUCUCUUCUUCCUCUUCAGGCCCGGAGCAUCUUUGAAACAGGAAAGGGAUGUGAUGGGUGGAGGAAGUGACAUAACACAGGGGCCACAGUUUGGUUCCAUUUCCCCCCAAAACCAAGCCAGGGGGAAGACUCCCAUCUAGCUGAGGGAAAUGGAUGUGAAAUCCAAAAAAAAAAUUAUCCAUCGGUGGUUCAGAAGUGUGGGAUUUUGGUUCGUUGUAUGAAAGGUCAGAGAGAGAGCCAGGAAAGAACCAGCUACUGAGAGAGUUCUGAGAGGAGGUGCCCUGUCCUUAGUACUCCAGUAUCCCCUGCUCCCCACCAGGCAUUUAUUUUUUUAUUUUGUUGCAUAAACGACAAUCAACAGUAACCAAAAGGACGAACCCGCCCGCACCUCCUCCUCGACUAUCUUUUCCUCAACCCCGAUCUGCCGGCAGAAGCUGAAAGCCGAUGGGGAGUGGACCUCGGGCUGAUAGAGGCCCUUUUCUUCAGCUGUGUCUCGGCCCUGGGGCUUUGGGUUUCCAUCUUGGAUUCGCUGACCCUCAGGGCACUGCCAAUCCACCUGGCUAGGUGAGAAAAGUGAGGCGGGCCCCUGACCUCUUCCUCCACCCUCCCUAACUCCUUCCCUGCCAACCCCAACCCACGGGGCUUCCAGAAUAGAGGUCAGAUUAGGAAACCAUCUCCCUGCUUAAAGAGCACUGAAAGAGCGAGUGCAGGAAGGGUCCCCGCUGAAGCCAGAGUGGCCCUGUGAGGGGCAAACUGAUCUGGUGGGAGCUGCCUCGUGCUGCAGGCUGGGAGUCGAAAGCCCAGGUCAACGCCAUGUGAGACGUAGGCCAACCCACUGGUGUUAAAGUAACUCGGGCAGCAGGGUCCAAACUGGUUGGAGUAAGUACAGGUUGCCGCCUCCCCUCCCUCUCUCCUUCAUGCUCUCUUGGACUGGGACUGUGCGGCUCCGCUGUUAUUCAGCUGGCCUCAUUCCUCUCACUUAGCCGCCAAGGUAGAAAAAUGUGCAGGUGUUUCUCCUCCUAUACGUCAUCCCCGGAGAUUGCCUGCCUGGAACUGCACCCGGCCUAGAAUUCUCAAGGUAAGGUAGGUGCCGAAAAAUGCCUCCCCGGAUCCAGAACAGGCAGAAAGCCGGGAAAAUUUGGGGUGUCGGGGGGAAACGACCUUCUACUCGGUAGGUCUCUUCCACUGAGUUGUAGUCUCCCACUACUUCUUUCUGACCACUUUGGACAAAGCAUCCAUCAAGGCCUUGAUCCCUUCUGAGGGUGUCCUAGAGCAUUCUCCUUGGAGGAUCAGGAAGCCCAAGCGCCUCUGUGUCCUGAAUGCUUGGGAGCACGCGGGGCCCUGGAACGGUCUGGCUCUUUACACAGAGGCAGUGAACGUCACCAAGGGGUUUCAGUCACCGGAGCUGGGAGUCGAAUAGAACCAAGAAGCAAGGGGCAGUGGUGGGUGGGGGUCAGCCUCAGGAUUUGACCCAAGUACUAAUCACUUUUCUAGAUCCAUCUAGAAAUGGGCACACCCCCCCCCCCCAGCCCAAACACCUCGGCCCAGUGACUAAAGAGUUCUUUUUUUCCCUUUGGAACUUGGAGAAGAAAGGCGCCAAGGAAUCCUCUUCCUGAGGCAAAUUAAUGGAAACUUCAAUCUUUCCUCAUGCAAACUCCUGGGGUCGGCCUAGCUUCGCUAAGGCCAGAGGGUGUCACGGAAGCUGGCGCGAUGGAAAAGGGAGAAUUUAGGAAGUGGAUGGGAGGAAGCCAGGGACUGUAGGGAAGGGAAAGCUAACCACCACCGCUGCCUGUGGAUCUCAGCCGCAGCACCCAUCGCCAUCCAAGAGAACUUCUGCUGUCACGCCCCUGGACCCCGCUGAACUUCCACCUCCACGGGGCUGGGCGGCUUCUCCCUCUCCGUUUGGCUACGGUGAACAGAUCGCAUCGCAAGUGGGUUGAGUGGGUAGGUCUUUGGCAUCCCUUCAUUAGGUGGGAACGGGGAGAGAAAAUUUAGAAGUUCAUUAUACCGGAAGCCUAAUGUAAAAGGAAGUAAAAAGAGGUGGAGGGUAAUGGUAAACAGGACAGGGUCUUGAGCUUCAUGCGUCAUAGGUAUUUUUUAGAGGACGAGUGUCUGAAUGUGUGCUGGAGACACAAAAACACACACACGCACACAAACACACAUAUACAUACACAUACAUCCGCAGACCGACUCUACCCACAUUAGGUAACUCCAUCUAAAUGGUAUUAAGGCAUCACUGACCAUUCUAGAAACUAUGUGGUGUAUCAGUUUGUUUCCAACUCUGUUCUCCCGUGCGCUUCCUUGGGACAUUAAAUGUGAAUGUUUGAAAAGCUGGUAGAAAAUGUACUUUUUACUGUAGAUAGCGCUGCAAUUUUCCUUGGUUUUUUGGUGUGUUCUUUAAGAUGAGCUAUCUAUAAAUAUCUAUACAUAAUAUAUAUAUCGGGUCCCCACGUGUGGUUUCUGAAGGUGGUCUGACUGUAUCUGUCAGUUUGCUUUUCCUUUCAGCCAAGGUGAAAAUUAAUUGAUUUCCUACUUUCUCCUAUGUACAAGGUGAAAAACCUAUUUUUGUGUUUUUAUGGAGGUUGACGCUAUGAGUUGCAUUGAUGCCAUGAGAUUGAGACGACUAAAAUGUAAAACAAACAAAAACCUUCGUCGGUGUAGAAAGAAUUAACUGUGUUGAAAACCAAUAAAGAAACUAAUAAGAAUGUGA